AUGGAGGAAUGUGAAUCAAAAAUAAAAGAUGUUUUUGUGUCUUUCUUCAAAGAAUGUGGUCCUCAAACCAUUGACACCCUCUACAAGAAUCAUGGGCCGUAUAAUCCAAAGACAUCAAUCGCUUGCUGUUACAUGAAAUGCAUUGUUGCAGUAAGCUGCUGGAAUGAGGAAGCAAUAAAGGAAUCAUACAGCUAUGUCAAAGAGACACAUAACAUGCUCCUCAAGCUCCAACUGGAGCAUCAGAUGUUUGGUACUCCUGUGGAGAAACUAGUCCUCAAAGUCCUGACUGCAGAAGCAUUGCUGUUGAUUGCUGUAAUGAAGAUGGCGGUUAAGCGCUGCAUCAAGCACUACUUGAAAGCAGGUAUGAAUUUGAGGAAGUCCUGGAAGAUUCUAGCUGCAACACAACUCAAGAUUGUGGAGUUGUGUGAGAAUGCUGGCAUCAACAGUACUAAACUAGAUGACUUGAUAGCAGAGGAAUGCGAUGAGGAAUGUGAUUCCACUACAAAAGACACUUCCCGUCCUUAUCCAGCUGAAGAUAACUUCCUACAGUCUUUUGAUCUAGUCGAGGACUUCCAGAGCUUCUUUGACAGCAAAGACACAUGUGUGCCAGCUAUAAAAGAUCUCAAACAGCUAAAAGUAAUGUCUCUAUUUGGAUAUGGAUUGUUCCACCUGAUCUUAUCCCUGAUCCCACCUACUGUGUUACGGGUAGUUAACCUGCUUGGUUUCCAUGGUAACAGAUAUCUGGGUCUUACUUCUCUCCGAACAGUCAGUAAAUCCUCUCCUAACUUCAGAUCUACCUUAGCGAGUGUAACGUUGCUAUGGUACCACGUCUCCCUCAGACCUACCUUCAUCUCCAACUCUCAGCUCCUCGUAUCAGGUAUAAACCAAGGAGAGAAGAUUAUAGAUCAGACUUUAGGACCGGAACUGCGGGACACCUGGAUAACUCUUUACUUUUCUGGAACUAUGACAAAACUUCAGGGUAAUGUGGAAGGUGCUCUAGAGCUGUUUCAAGCAGCAGCAGUGAAAGCGGCACAUCUUAGAGAGUGCAAGUUGAUGGCUUACUAUGAAAUAGGCUGGUGCCAGCUAAUUAUUUGGAACUGGACUCAAGCCUCAGAAAUAUUCCUAGAUUUAAUGGCGGAAGCACGGUGGUCGAAAGGAUUUUACGGUUACCUAGCCGCCAUAUCAAUGGGAGCGAGUGGAGGUUCAGUUGCUGCGUGUAGAGCGAUACUAGCAGGGUUACCGGGCAGAAUCAAGAAGACUGUAAAUAUCGAGCUAGACACUUACUGCUCUAGGAAGAGCGAGAUGUUAGCAAGUUCUAAGAAUCUUGAGUACGAAUGUAAGCUGGCUACUCUGGAAAUUAUCUACGUAUGGAAGUGUCUGACCCUGAGUGAAGCUCAGGCUGAAGAACUCAUUCAAGCUGUUGAUAAUCGACCACAACAACUCUCCCCCUCCUGCCUGGCUGUUAGUUAUCUACUGGCUGGCCUAUCAUGGAAAACCUUACACAAUCCUCAUAAAGCUGAACAGGCGUUUAAGAUAUCAGAUACCAUUACCCAGCCAGACCAGCGGGACAACUACAUCACCGUGUGUGUUCUUAGUGAGAUGGCGGAGUUGUAUCAUCAGUUAGGACAGGCUGAAAAUAGUAUUUUGAUGGCAGAACGAGCCCGAACCGGUUACAAGGGAUAUCAUCUAGAGAACAGACUUUACAACAGAGUUCAUAACCUGGACAUCAGCUGAAAUAGUUCAUAACCUAGACAUCAGCUAAAAUAGUUCAUAACCUGGACAUCAGCUGAAAUAGUUCAUAACAUGGACAUCAGCUGAAAUAGUUCAUAACCUGGACAUCAGCUGAAAUAGUUCAUAACCUGGACAUCAGCUGAAAUAGUUCAUAACAUGGACAUCAGCUGAAAUAG